GAGAGAGAGAGAGAGAGAGGGAGGGAGGGAGAGUGUGCAACCCAAAACGAUUUCUCUCCCACACGCACAGAGAGAGACAGAUCUCGCUCUCCUGCAGAGGAGUGCUGGUGGCUCUUCUCGAUCCUCUGUUUGCCCUCUUCCACUGGGAGAAAGAAGCCUGGUGCACCUGGUGGUCGUUCCUCAGAAAUUCAGACACCAUGUGAGCAGUGGUCCGGGACAACAUGCUUCUUCUGCGUGGGACUCUUGUGGUCUUCUCUCUCUUCAGCUCGGUCUAUGGGUUUUUCAGUGGGCAUGGGCCAAAACCAACAACCCAAACCAAGGCAGCCUCCAAAACAUGGGGCAUGUCCUACAUUGAAAAAUGGAAACCUAAAGUUCCAUCGUUGGGUUUUGUGUCAUUGGGUUUCUUCGGUGAAACUAAAGGCCCCGCUACGACAAAGGUGAGCACGACUUUCCCAGAAGCAACCACACAAAACUAUAAUCUGUCUUCAGAGAACUUGAGCCUAAAAUACCAGAUGACUUCAACCAUGUUUAAGGAACUUAAAAGCAGCACUGUCCAGAUAGGCACCCUUCUGCCUUUAAAAUCAGCUAAACUGCCAAUAAUUGACUUAUCCCAAUUAAAUAGGCCAGAACCUACUAAACUCGAUCAGAGCUACGACCUCGACCUCUGGCCCCCCAAUAAUGGCCCAAGCACAGCGAAAACCCCACAAAUUACGACGGCCCAGAGUACCAGCACCACACACACUUCAUCACUGAGACUGAAUACGGAAACCAAGAGCCCUUACAGUGACCAAACUGUACCCACAGACACCCCGUCAACAACGUCAGAACUAACAACACAAACAAACACAGUAUCCACUACUCAGAAUACCAGCACCACGCACACCACACAUUUUAUCACCCCAGCAGGCCCUAUGCCAAAAGUAUCUACCGAACCUUUGACCACUGUCAGCACUGGCCAAACCACAUUGGGGAUAACAAACGCAGCCUCGAAACCAGAUCGGACACCUUUUAUGAGCACGGACAAGGCUCUGGAUGGAUUUACGCGGUUAGAGCAGACCGCAGGCCCAUCAGAAUUGGGAGGAGUGCGACGUUUUGGCCCAGAUCCUACUCCCACCCUGCCAGCGGGAGGCUCUGCAUGGAAGAAAGGUGUAAAGGAAAUGGGGAAGAGUGCUGAUCUGACAACACGAGAGAGAUACGCUGAGCUGACAACAUCAGCUAGCGCGACGACUCUCAGGAACAAAGAAAUGCCCACUUCUACAUCUGAGGACUGGCUGACAGACCUUACCCAAGAAUCUGCACUCCCUGACUGCAAUGCGGAACGUUCUGGAAUCUGUGGUUCUUCUGAAACUUGGCCCACCACCACUGUCCUGGGGAAAAGCAGCAAAAAUUACAGUACAACCACCCCCUCCACCAACCUCUCUCAAAGUCCCAACCCAUUUCCAGUCCCACCUAUGUUUGUGGCACUGAAUUCUGAUUGGAACAAUGCCCUGGCAACAUGGGGUUCAGCGUGGGAAGCACACAUCUAUGGCCUGGGCACUGUGUUCUGUCUAGUCGCUUUGGCCUCCACCCUAAACCUUCUGUGCCUGCCCCUACAGUAUCCAUCAGGCUGUGGCUACUUUGCUCUGGUUAGUCUCUGCCUGGUGGCAACUGGCUGCACUAGGGCCUUUGCCCUAAUCUAUGAUGCAUAUGGAUACCAGGACAGCAUGGCAUCAACAGAGGCUUCACUGUUACUUUACGAGGCACCAUUUCCCUGCAUGACUGCCGCCUUUGGUCUAGUUUUCCUGCUCCUGUCAAUGCGCUCUCGAAUGCAGCUGUCCUAUUCCGCCUUUCAGAGACCUUGUUUCCUGGCCUGUUUGGUGCUUCUGCACUUUACUGCUGCCUUUGGCCCUGUUGCAUUACUCCAUGUUGACCAGCAGGUCUACCUGUUUCUGUCCUUAAUCUCUAGAGGUGCCUUUGUGGCUCUGGCAACUUUCCUAUCAGCUGCAUAUUUUGUGUUCUACUGCUAUGUCCGUGCUGACUCCAAGCAUAUUUAUCAUCUGAACAACACAUCACCAACACCAGCCGAACGUUACAACCGUUGCCCCUUUGCCGAAAGCAGAGAUUGGGACCGGGCGGCAGCCGCAGUGCUUCUCUGUGCUGUCUUUUCUCUGGCCUGUGCAGGGUUGCAACUCUAUGCCAUGCUGCAUGCUCUCGGAAUUGCUGGAAGCGCUGAGUCCUUUCGGCCUUGGCCGUGGUGGACUUUCCAGUUCAGCUGCCGAGUUUGUGAGGCAGUGAUUUGCCUCACACUGGUUCUGGUAGUUGCUCAACCAGUUUACUGCUCUGAUCACCUUCCCCAGGCAGGCAGUUGCUGGACAGAACUCCUUGCAGUAAAGUCACCUAUCAUUCCAGGGAGCUACCAGUGGACUCUGUCUCAUCAGGAGAAGCUGGCCAUCUGUGAUCCAAUUGGGCAUGGAGAGACAGAGUGCCUACCUUUGUACACACUGGUGGAUGACCGUCUCGGCAGCUUGAAUGGCCUUGACCUUUUAUACCACAGCAACCGGGCAUUGGCCUAUCGUGACCUUGACCUGGACUUGCCCAACACUCAAGCAAACACUGGUGCCCCUUCUGUGGGUUCAUCCUGUACCAGCGACUCCACAGCGGACCUGCGCCCCCCUUCGCCAAUAAAUCUGCGUCGAAGCAUUGAUGAAGCACUGUUUAGUGAAUCUCUAUUUCCCAUGAGUCUCUUCAGCCCCUUACGGCCCUUCACCUCUAGUGACCGCUCGCUGAAUGGUAGAGAGACCAACUCGAGCGGUGCCCAAACCGUGGGAGACACUCUUACUCUCAAUCCAGGCCUAUACCGAACAUCUUCAUGUGUGGAAGUGCUACCCCAAGUUCUCCUUGCUUCUCAAGCCCAACCAGAUGGUCCGUCAUUAGAUUUUCCUCCAUCCCCAUCACCCUCAUUGUCAUCUCCUACUCGCUGCUCAUCUCCUGAGCGCUGGAGAGGCAGCUCCAGCGCCUGUUCCCUCUACAGACAGUCUCUGGGUGGCUCUUUAUUGGUUUUGUGCUCUAGUCCGGAAGGACACCAUCCACCACCCUCUACCCUCAGUGGGGGUUCCAGCCACACUGCCAGCUCUGGUCACCAAAGGGGAAGCGCACAGAGACCCUACAAAACAUUUAAGUCAGAGGAGAGUAUGGAACAGCAGUCAAAGUUUGACCAUUCUGUCCAAGAAGAAUUUAUCAGUGUGUGCAGACAGAUCGAUGCUCUGAGCAUCUGCAGUGAGACUAUUGACCUCUAGGGGAGAUCUCUACUUUCAACAAAACAAAACUAAAUGAUGUAAUAAGAAGAAACCAAAAGAGUUUCAGAGAUAUGAUUAACAGAUAAUGGACAAAUCAGGUGAUUUGGGGAGUCUGUCUGCCAGCAUGUCUAAACAUUUGCUCUGUGUAGACACAGGUAAAUGUUUCGUGGACUAGAACUGUGCCAAAUGAUUCAUUUUGUAAGGGUUGGUUUGUUUUUUGUCAGGUAAGUUCUCCAAAGAGAUGGAUUCUGAAGUCAAUAUCCGUGUAAAGGUUUAAGAUGUGCUACCAACUGCCAGAAGCUUAGGCAGAUUUCAUAGAAAGGUUCUUUGAUGACUGAUGAAAUUUGUAAUUGUAAAACAUUUGUUUGAAAAUUUCUAUGAUGCUUAACAGUUGACUUUUGUAUUCAUUUUUACAAAAUCCCUUUUUGGUCUAUAUGAUUAAUACUGUGAGAGUGCCAACUACUGAUAACCAUACUAGGCAAUAUAGCAUCAGGAAAAAGUUUCUAAUUAAAUACAGUAUAACCUGCCAAUCCAAUUUUGUAAACCUUAAGAAAUGUUCAUUGUGCUUCUGGAAUUCUGUUGCACACUUUACUUCAAGUCCCCGUAGUUUUUGCAACAGUGCAUUAUGUUGAAGGGCCUAACUGUUUUAUCAACUGAGAGGGAGAUGAGAAUAUAAGAGAAGGAUGCAAGUAUUCUUGCAGCACACUCUUUUGAUAGCUACAGUUCAGUUGUUCUGAAGUACUUAACGAACUGAACUAUAGCCUACCAUUUUUUCUUUUAAUAGUGUAUAUUUGAUAUAAACUAAACUUAAACAUAUAUUUAUCUGCCAGGUCUUAUGUCAUGUUUUCAAAAACUCUAUACACUGUUACUCAAUACAUAUUCAAAAGAAGAAAAAAAUACUUCGUAUAUUUUAUAGCGUGCAUGUUCUGAAAACGUGUGAGAAACUGCUGAUACAUCUAAUGUUUGUCAUUAGAGGCUGUUGGAGAUUUCCAAUAAAUAUACUGAAAACUGA